CUGUUCUUGUUCAUUUCUUCAUUAUGCAACUGGGUCAAUCGCCGUCUCUGCAUUUCUCCAUGAGCUGAAAACCUUGAAGAGAACAUAUUUGAAUGGGUAGUUCGGGUUCGUGGUCAAGGCUAAUCUAUCAUACAACGUACAGUAUUGUUUCAUUGGCAAGAAUCUUGACUUGGAUAGGUAUUUUACGCAAGAGAUAUCCUCAGCAGCGCAUAGGUGCCGCUACCAAUCUUACCAUCCUAUAUGAACCUUCCUUCGAAUCGCUGCUACACGAAGCUCUAGUCCUGACUUGGCUCAACAUAUGCGGUGAGGCCACUCUACGCAAACUCACAGUGCUGCCUUUGCAUCACAGAAUAACAUUGUGUCAUGGUCUUCCCAGCAUUCGGCCAAGACAAUAUCAUGCAAGGUGGGAAGCCGGCAGGGUGCCGGUCGGUCUCUGAGGCCGCAGCUCGAUCGAGAACUUUCGAUCAAGCCGGAUGAAGAUUGCUGCUAGCAGCGAGAAAAUACACGCCUAAAAGCCAUUUUGUCCGUUUCGCCUUGUCCCAGAAAAAAACCGUCCCGUUCCUUCACCGUCCCAGUGACAAUCCCCCAAUUCAUGAUCGCAUUUACCGGAUGAUGCCAUCGAAGCGCUGCUUGAACCACUUCAUGGUCUCAGCCCGCUUGAUCUUGUGGCUGGAACC